AUGAAGCUCAGUAAGUGCCUCCGAUUGCUUGCAGCAAUUGUCAUUGUCAUCUUGCUGCCCAAAUCCGAUGCUGUAAAAAGGAAGAUUCAGUUCAAACAAAUAUAUUCAUCAGCAUUACCUGUUAAUUCAGUCCCGCAACCAACUAUAAGCCGACCGCCUUCACCCACUAACCCCAAUCCAGGAUCUUCAGGAGUCACUGAAGCGAGAUUGGUUACCCCAAAAGAGUCCUUCCGUUUACCAGGAACUUCUGGAACUCACAAAUCAGUUGAACAUCGCAAACACGAUGACUUCCCAACGUCAGACGGGAAUCACGCUAGAAAGGUUGAUCAAUAUGCUGGACUUUCACCGCCUCCUCAACGAGAGUCACCUCUUCCACCUCAAAUCGAGUCAAUUCUAUCAAAAAAUUCUUUUGCACGACUCCCAGGCGCACGGAAAUCAAGCGACCAUGUGAACCAACCUAAACAACCUGAAGAGUUUCCUCCGUUAGGCGGCAGUAGCAACCGUCUCAACGCUAAUCGGAAUCCCGCAUUGCCUGGAAGCAGCAGUCAUGCCGAAACUUUCAAUAAAAAGUCUUUGGAGUCACCUGAAGCACAAAGGAAGUUUUCUCUUCAUGAGUAUCCCGCUUUGCCUGGUUCCAGUCAUUCCCAGAACCCUAGCAGUCGCCCUAGCUUGGAAUCAUUGGCGAAUUCUCAGAGCAAAUCGUCCCUUAAUCAAAUUCCUGCCUUGCCUGGAAGCAGCAAUCAUGGCGAAGCCUUGACUAAAAAGUCUUUGGAAUCACCUGAAGCACAUAGAAAGUUUUCUUUUCAAGAUUAUCCUGCUCUGUCUGGCUCUCAUCAUUCCAAAAAUCCCAGAAGUCACCCUAGCUUAGAAUCAUUGAGUUCUCAAAGCAAAUCGUCGCUUAAUCAAAUUCCUGCCUUGCCUGGAAGCAGCAAUCAUAGCGAAGCCUUGACUAAAAAGUCUUUGGAAUCACCUGAAGCACAUAGAAAGUUUUCUCCGCAAGAUUUUCCCGCUUUGCCUGUCUCCAGUAAUUCCAAGAAUCCCAGCAGUCACCCUAGCUUGGAAUCAUUGGCGAAUUCUCAGAACAAAUUGUCCCUCGAUCAGUUCCCUCUUUUGCGCGAUCGCGGUAGUAGUUUCCAUAUCCCCAAAAACUCUCCAGACGGAUUAAAUCCAUCAGCUAAUUCACUACGGAAGAUGUCCUUGGACGAGUUUCCUGCGUUGGGCGCUUCAAGAGGUAUCUCAAAAUCAAACAGUUUGACACUGCGAAACACCCAAUCAUCAACAAACUUACAAGGAUUCGUCCGAGAAGGCAGUGUUGACUCGACCAGAAGUCUGCGAUUCCCCAGCGACUUAAAUAGUCCGCUAAAUAGCCCAUUCUACCAAAACAAAAACUUCUUCGGAAGCUCAUCGUCUUCAUUGACGAGCACUUCAGGUCUUGGAGCUAGUUACCACAGCGCGACUAGUGGAUCAUUCAGCUCACUAAGCACUGGUCGAAACAGCCCGGGAAUGGGCAGAGGUAGAAAAUUCAGCGAUGCUUCUUUGGUACCACAUACCCCAGUUGCCGUCAGUGAUAUGACCUGCAAAGACGACACCUCUCCAGCAGAACAGUGCUUCAAUUACUUCACUUUCAGCCUCUUUUGGCCCCCGGCUUUGGGAUACGAGUACCAGACGAAGAACAAACCGGUGAAUGACAAUAUAAACACACUAAAAUGGUCGAUCCACGCACUAUGGCCGUCUUCCCACAGCGGAAUUGUGCCUGAAAACUGCCACAAGCGGACUUCUGUUACCUUCAACCAGUAUCGAUUCGAGCGUGAAAAAGGAUUAAGAGCCAGCUUAGAGAACAAGUGGGUCACCAUUUGUCCUUACAAAUGGACAGGCUCUUCUGCGGUUAGUUUCUGGGACCGAGAGUUUUCAAAGCACGGCGCGUGCGCAGCAAGAUCGCUGUUGAUUGGUUCUGAUGUUGGAUACUUCAAAAUGGCGAACAGUUUGUUCGAUAACGUAGGAAUUACCAACGUUUUAUUGAAUAUUGGCUUCGAGGUUGGAACCCAAAUGAGUUAUGGAGAUCUUCUCAGUAAGUGCCUCCGAUUGCUUGCAGCAAUUGUCAUCGUCAUCUUGCUGCCAACAUCCGAUGCUGGAAGAAAGAAGAUACAGUUAAAAAAAGUAUAUUCAUCACCAUUACCUGGUAAUUCAGUCCCGCAACCAACUAUAAGCCGACCGCCUUCACCCACUAACCCCAAUCCAGGAUCUUCAGGAGUCACUGAAGCGAGAUUGGUUACCCCAAAAAAGUCCUUCCGUUUACCAGGAACUUCUGGAACUCACAAAUCAGUUGAACAUCGCAAACACGAUGACUUCCCAGCGUUAGACGGAAAUCACGCUAGAAAGGUUGAUCAAUAUACUAGACUUUCACCGCCUCCUCAACGAGAGUCACCUCUUCCACCUCAAACCAAGUCAAUUCUAUCAAAAAAUCCUUUUGCACGACUCCCAGGCGCACGGAAAUCAAGCGACCAUGUGAACCAACCUAAACAACCUGAAGAGUUUCCUCUGUUAGGCGGCAGUAGCGAGCGUCUCAACGCUAAUCGGAAUCCCGCAUUGUCUGGAAGCAGCAGUUAUGCCGAGACUUUCAAUAAAAAGUCUUUGAAGUCAUCUGAAGCACAAAGGAAGUUUUCUCCGCACGAUUUUCCCGCUUUGCCUGUCUCCAGUCAUUCCGAGAAUCCCAGCAGUCGCCCUAGCUUGGAAUCAUUGGCUCAUUCUCAGAGCAAAUUGUCCCUUGAUCAGUUCCCAGCUUUGCGCAGUAGCGGUAGUAAUCUUCGUAUCCUCAAAAACCCUCCAGCAGGAACACCUAAUUCCGAAAGGAAGAUAUCUUUGGAAGAGUAUCCUGCCUUGGGUGCUCCACGCUUGCUGAAGUCCAGCUUGUAUCCAGUAGAGCGAUCAAGCAGUUUAACACUAAACUCUCAAUCUUCCGCUCAUCAGCGAGCAUUUGUACGUGGUGGCAGUGUUGACACUACCAAAGAUUCCCGCUUCCCCAGCCAAUUCAAUAGUCCGAUGAAUAGUCCAUUGCAAAAGAACAAAAACUUCGGAAGCUCAUCAUCUUCAUUGACGACCACUUCAGGUCUUGGAGCUAGUUAUCACAGCACGUCUAGUGGAUCAUUCAGCUCACUAAGCGCUGGUCGAAACAGCCCGGGAUUGGGCAGAGGUAGAAAACUCAGCGAUUCUUCUUUGGUACCACACAUCCCAAGUGCCGUCAGUGAUAUGACCUGCAAAGAUGACACCUCUCCAGCAGGACAGUGCUUCAAUUACUUCACUUUCAGCCUCUUCUGGCCCCCGGCUUUGGGAUACGAGUACAAGACCAAUAACAAACCUAUCAAUGACAACGUCAAUAUUGCCAGAUGGUUAAUUCAUGGAUUGUGGCCUUCUACUUAUGUUGGCAUUACGCCAGAAAACUGCCACAAGCGGACUUCUGUUACCUUUAAUCAGCAUCGAUUAGAGCGUGAAAAAGGACUAAGAGCCAGCUUAGAGAGCAAGUGGAUCAAUAUUUGUCCUUAUAAACAGAGAGGCUGUUCUUUGAUUAGUUUUUGGGACUAUGAAUUCACGACCCAUGGCGCUUGCGCAGCAAGAUCGCCUUUGAUUGGUUCCGAUAUUGGGUACUUCAAAAUGGCGGUCAGUUUGGCGACUAGUGUCAACAUGGACAAUGUUUUAUCGGAUAUUGGCCUGAAUCCUGGGAAGAUCAUGACCUACGGAGACAUUGUGGAUAAAAUCAGCGAGAAAAUUGGAACGACUGUUCGAAUCGAAAUUGUUGUCAAUAAGAAAAAUCGUGUUAUAGAGUAUUACUUGAAAGAAAUCAAAGUGUGCUACGACUUGAAUUUCCGUCGCAUCAAUUGUCCAGGAAGAAAAAUUCUAUUUCAAGAAGUGAGGGAAUUAAAUAUUCGUCAUUUGGAUCAUGUACCGGCAAUUUAA